UAUUUCCAAUCAACGCCACGCUGUCCCCAACGAACGAAACGAAAUAUACAACUAGUUUCCAAGGAGAGCAAUCAUCGCCUACAUGUUACACUCGGCUCGUCAUGUGCGGAUUUAAGCCUUAGAACAAAAACUUGUAUAUGUUAGGUGCUAGCUGGUGAUCGCAGCUGGUUGGUACCUCUGGGCUAAGCUUCUCUCAGGAGUCCUUGCGUGAUGUCGUCGACGGCGUACACGCGGCCGUCCAAGCCACCAGGGCCGGCCGGAGAGCGGAGGCCUCCGCGGCUAGCCAAGGAGCUUGGCAGGAUCGAGCCCAAGAAGCUCGGGAUUGGGCUGGUCGCCGGCUGCUGCCUCGCUCUCCUCACCUACAUCUCCUUUGCCCGCCUUUUCGCCAUCUACUCGCCGGUCUUCGAGAGCACGUCCUUGGUGAUGAAGAACGCACCACCUGCGUCGACUCAGCAGAACCCUGUGCUGGCUCAACAACAGAGCAAAGAAGAGGACGAGAAAGAUGUUGGUGAAGAUGAGACGGACCGGAAAGUGCCAAGCUUUGCGGAGACGACAGAAAAGAAUGAAGAGGAGGAAACAGUAACGAAACCAUCCGGGGACGAAGCUGAGGCCACAAUCUCCUGCGAUGAGAACGGCGUUGAUGAGGGCUUCCCAUAUGCGCGGCCACCGGUCUGCGAGCUCACCGGCGAUAUCCGGAUCAGCCCAAAGGAGAAAACCAUGUUCUUCGUAAAUCCGUCCAGCGCCGGCGCGUUCGACGGCAACGGGGAGAAGAAGAUCCGACCGUACGCUCGCAAGGACGACUUCCUCCUCCCGGGCGUCGUGGAGGUCAUCAUCAAGUCGGUCUCGUCGCCGGCCAUCGCGCCGGCCUGCACGCGGACCCACAACGUCCCGGCGGUGGUCUUCUCCGUGGCCGGAUACACCGACAACUUCUUCCACGACAACACGGACGUGAUGAUCCCUCUGUUCCUAACGACGUCGCACCUCGCCGGCGAGGUGCAGUUCCUCAUCACCAACUUCAAGCCGUGGUGGGUGCACAAGUUCACGCCGCUCCUGAAGAAGCUCUCCAACUACGGGGUGAUCAACUUCGACAAGGACGACGAGGUGCACUGCUUCCGGCGCGGCCACCUCGGGCUGUACCGCGACCGCGACCUCAUCAUCUCCCCGCACCCGACGCGAAACCCGCGCAACUACUCCAUGGUCGACUACAACAGGUUCCUCCGCCGCGCGUUCGGCCUGCCGCGGGACAGCCCGGCGGUGCUGGGCGACAAGACCGGCGCUAAGCCCAAGAUGCUGAUGAUCGAGAGGAAGGGCACCCGCAAGCUGCUCAACCUGCGCGACGUGGCCGCGCUCUGCGAGGACCUCGGGUUUGCGGUGACCGUGGCGGAGGCCGGCGCGGACGUGCGCGGGUUCGCCGAGAAGGUGAACGCGGCGGACGUGCUGCUGGCGGUGCACGGCGCCGGGCUGACAAACCAGAUCUUCCUCCCAACGGGCGCCGUGCUCGUACAGAUCGUGCCGUGGGGCAAGAUGGACUGGAUGGCCACAAACUUCUACGGGCAGCCGGCGCGCGACAUGCGGCUCCGGUACGUCGAGUAUUACGUCUCGGAGGAGGAGACGACGCUCAAGGACAAGUACCCAAGGGACCACUACGUGUUCAAGGACCCCAUGGCCAUCCACGCGCAGGGCUGGCCGGCGCUCGCCGAGAUCGUCAUGAAGCAGGACGUCACGGUGAAUGUGACAAGAUUCAAGCCGUUCCUGCUCAAGGCGCUCGACGAAUUGCAGGAAUAGGAGGAGCGCCGUUUGAUUGGUUUUGUGUGGGCGUGGCUCGUCCAUAAGUGGGAUGUAGGAUGUUUUGAUUUUAUAUUUAUAUUGUAAUAUUGAGUUAAUCAAUGUAAUUUAUUUCGUUGGAGAUUCAUGGUGUUUGUCAUUCAGAAAAAUAUGAUUUCUUCUUUUUGGUUGUUGAAUGUAAAAGAAAGAAAGAAAGAAAGAAGGAAAAGCAAUGUAUAAAUUUCAGCAUUAUAAAAAAA